GUCUAGAAUUUCACAAUGGAUGAAGAAGUUGCUGCCCUGGUUGUUGACAAUGGCUCUGGUAUGUGCAAAGCUGGGUUUGCGGGAGAUGAUGCUCCACGUGCAGUAUUUCCAUCCAUUGUCGGUCGCCCCAGACAUCAGGGUGUCAUGGUUGGUAUGGGACAGAAAGAUAGCUAUGUAGGAGAUGAAGCUCAGAGCAAGAGAGGUAUCUUGACACUGAAAUACCCCAUUGAGCAUGGUAUUGUUACCAACUGGGAUGAUAUGGAAAAGAUCUGGCAUCACACCUUCUACAAUGAGCUGAGAGUUGCCCCAGAGGAGCAUCCUGUACUUCUCACAGAAGCACCUUUAAACCCCAAAGCCAACAGAGAGAAAAUGACCCAGAUAAUGUUUGAGACCUUCAAUACCCCAGCUAUGUAUGUAGCCAUCCAGGCUGUACUGUCACUGUAUGCCUCUGGACGUACCACUGGUAUUGUGAUGGACUCUGGUGAUGGUGUAACCCACACUGUGCCCAUCUAUGAAGGGUAUGCUCUGCCUCAUGCCAUCUUGCGUCUGGACUUGGCUGGACGUGACUUGACAGACUACCUCAUGAAGAUCCUGACUGAAAGAGGCUACAGCUUUACUACCACAGCUGAGAGAGAAAUUGUGCGUGACAUCAAGGAGAAGCUCUGCUAUGUUGCUCUUGACUUUGAGCGUGAGAUGGCUACUGCUGCUUCCUCUAGCUCCCUGGAAAAGAGCUAUGAAUUGCCUGAUGGGCAGGUCAUAACUAUUGGUAAUGAAAGAUUCAGAUCACCAGAGGCCCUCUUCCAGCCAUCUUUUCUGGGUAUGGAAAGCAGUGGCAUUCAUGAGACCACAUACAACUCCAUUAUGAAGUGUGAUGUUGACAUUCGUAAGGAUCUGUAUGCAAAUACAGUGCUGUCUGGUGGUAGCACAAUGUAUCCAGGAAUUGCAGACAGGAUGCAGAAAGAAAUCUGUUCCCUAGCUCCCAGCACAAUGAAGAUCAAGAUAAUUGCCCCACCAGAGCGUAAAUAUUCGGUCUGGAUUGGUGGGUCUAUUCUGGCCUCUCUCUCAACCUUUCAACAGAUGUGGAUAAGCAAGCAGGAGUAUGAUGAGUCUGGACCUUCAAUUGUUCAUCGUAAAUGCUUUUAAGGAAGUCCUGAAUUUGGGAAAGUAAACGGCAUGGUAAUACUGGCAAAUUGUUUCACUUUGUUGAUCACUAUAGCUCCUUAUGGCUUGUAAAUUGAAUAUUUAAAGUAUUCCAUGAAUGCCAAUGUGUGAGUCUAAAUAUAAGGUCUUUUGAAAUAAAAGAUCAAAUGCGUAACC